UCAUAUUUGUUUAUUUAUUAUUUUUUUUCCUGAUUCCUGAUCGGCGAUCGACAGAAGCCUCCUAAAUCCGUGCUGUCGAUUCGCUUAAAUUCCCACCCGCAAUGACCCACAAGCCUACCCAUGACCCAUUACAUUAAUCAUCCUCUUAAAAAACCCUAAAUCAAUAAUAAUUUUUGUACUAUCGCCACUUUUUUAUCGUCUAUAAAAUAAGCAGCAAAAAAAAUUAGUUUGUGUUUGUGAGACUUCACAGUACACUGAGAUUCACGAAAUCAGGUCACUAUCUUGAUUUUCUCAAGCUCCCUAGUACACGUGGCGAUCUGAGUCUAGCUCCACUUCUUAUUUCACUGUUCAAAUCUAAGUGAGAAAAUGUGGUUAUGCAUGAGAAUUGGUUUUCUUAUGCCAUUAUGUAUGCUUAGCUGGUCAUAGCUUUUGCAUCAAGAUUUUGGCUUUGAGUGGCUCGAAUUUCUACAUGGAAGCCAGUGUAGAGGAGGCCCUUAGGGCAAAAGAGAUGGCUGAGAAGCGAUUCGCUGAAAAAGAUUUUGCUGGUGCAAAGAAUUAUGCUUUAAAAGCAAAAACUCUGUGUCCUGGACUGGAGGGCAUAUCUCAGAUGGUGGCCACUUUUGAAGUUUAUAUUGCAUCUGAGGUCAAUUGCAAUGGUGAAAUUGAUUUGUACUCCGUUCUUGGAUUGAAGCCUUCUGCAGACAGAAAUGCAGUGAAAAAACAGUAUAAGAAGAUGGCUGUGUUGCUUCACCCUGAUAAGAAUAAAACUGUGGGAGCAGAUGGGGCAUUUAAACUUGUAUCUGAAGCAUGGACUGUGUUGUCAGAUAAUCUUAAGAGGAGCUCUUAUGAUCUCAAGAGAACCAAACUGAUGGCAUCUAGUGUUGCGCAGACAAACUUCUCCUCGGUUCAUACUGCUGGGGUCACAGGAUAUAACAAAUUUUCCAAUUCUUCAAGUACUCAUGGGCUUGAUACCUUUUGGACUGUUUGUACUUCUUGUAAAGUUCAGUAUGAGUAUCUUCGGAAGUAUGUGAAUAAGAGACUUUCAUGUAAGAACUGUCGAGGUACUUUCAUUGCUGUGGAAACUGGGACAGGUCCAGUAAAUGGUUCUUUUCCUUACUGUCCUUGGUCAUGUGUUCCUGGUAGUGGAUAUGGAAGUCAUGGAUAUGAUGGAGUUACAUAUGUCCCGAACACUGCUACUGUAUUUGCAGGCAAUGGGGUUUCAGGAUUACACAGUGGACAUGGAUAUGAGUAUGUUUCAAAUGUGUCAUUUCAGUGGAGCUCAUUAUCUGGAACUUCUGCUGGAGUUGUGGGUCACAAUGUAUCAUCUGCUGUAUCAACUGAUGCUGUUUAUCAGGUAAAUGGAAAUGGUACUGGUGCAAGAGCUAAUUUGAGAUCAGCAGCCAACGGAAAGCAUUCAAUUAAAACUUCCAUUAGUAACAUGAAUUCAAAUGUCCCUGCUAGCUACAAUGAAUAUUCAGGUGCCAAGGCUGGUAGACCUGAUAAGAGAAGGAAGGUUGUUGUUGGAGCCAACCUUAGGAAUGAAUAUGAAGAGAAGGGAUCGAACUCUGCUCCUCAAGCGGGAUUGGCUAAUGGAUAUGCCAGCGUUGAGCAGGGCCCCAAGCUUUCCAAUCCAAAUGAACUCCCAGCAAGGCGCAUCUCAAUUGCUCCUGCUUUUGAUGCUAGGAAGCUGUUGAUUGACAAGGCAAGGACUGAUAUUCGUAAGAAACUAGAAGAGAUAAGGUCUGUUGCUGCAGCUGCAGCUGUGGCAUUGAAAGAGAAAGCACAGGAUCAAUCCAGAGAGGCAGCAGUUGCUCCUAAAUGUGAUAAUUCAGAUGUUUCUGGCCAUCAAACAAAGCCAAUUAAAACUGGACCAAUGUCAAUUACAGUUCCUGAUCCUGAUUUCCAUGAUUUUGACAAAGAUAGAUCAGAGGAAUGCUUCAAGCCAAAGCAAAUAUGGGCUUUAUACGAUGAGGAUGAUGGGAUGCCUCGUUUGUAUUGUUUGAUCCGCCAGGUUGUCUCAGUUAAACCCUUCAAGAUUCUCAUCACUUACUUGAACUCUAAGACUGAUAGUGAAUUUGGUCAAGUGAAUUGGAUAUAUUCUGGAUUCACGAAAUCUUGUGGACACUUCAGAGCAUGGAAUACUGAUAUUGUCGAUCAAGUGAACGUCUUUUCUCAUCUUUUGAAGGGAGAGAAAGCUGGCAGGGGUGGUUGUGUGCGGAUAUACCCCAAGAGUGGAGAUAUUUGGGCUAUUUAUCGAAACUGGUCACCCGAUUGGAACAGAGCAACCCCAGAUCAUUUAAGGCAUCAAUAUGAGAUGGUUGAGGUUCUUGAUGAUUAUUCUGAAGAGCUUGGAGUCUGUGUCACUCCCCUCAUCAAAUUGGAAGGUUUCAAGACAGUUUACCUGAGGAACACAAACAAGGAUGCUAUUAGAUGGAUUCCAAGGAGAGAGAUGUUACGCUUUUCGCACCAAGUGCCCUCUUGGGCACUUGAAGGAGAAGGAAGGAAUUUGCCAGGUAAGUGUUGGGAUCUAGACCCAGCGGCAACUCCAGACGAGCUGCUUCAUGCUGCAGAAGCCAAGGCUUAACUAAACAUGGUCAGGCAGGAAAGCAUGAUUGUUUGGAGUUGCAAUUUAUCAAUUUUAUAGAAAACUUUUCAGGUUGACUGUACAAUAUUUCACCCUUGGUUGAAGACCAAUGCAACGGCAACUGCAUAUGAUUUUAGAUAAUUUGAUGUUUACUGAGGAAAGUUGUCUGGAAUUGUGAGUCCAUUGACUGCUUGUUGACAGAAUUUACUUCUGUUCAAUGAGGCUGUUGCAACAUUUAUUGAGUAGUUACAACUGACAGCCAACUCGAUAGAAAAUGUAUUCUUUUCAUGUUGGGUUAGUAUUCAAUGCCAAGGAAUCGCAAGGCUCAGUGCAAUUCAAUUGCUUGCCUCCUGAGUCCUGAGAUUAUGGUUAUUUCUCCUAA